AUGGCUUCACCGACCAACGAGUCUUUGCCCUCAUCGCCUGCGCCUGCGCCCCUACCGUCUCGCAACCCGCUCCCACUCUCCGCCAGCCAAGAAGCCCAAGUCCGGGAGCUCUACUACAAGCGUGUGCGCAAUAAAUGCGCCGACGAGGUGCGAGACUUCGCAGCCUGCUGCACCCACCGCACCUUCACGGCGACCAUCAUGUGCCGCAAACAGCAAAAGGCCAUGAACACGUGCAUGAUGCAAUUCGCGACUCGGAACGAACAGGAUGCGGCGCGGGAAGAGUGGUUCGCGACGAUGGACAAGCGGCGGGAGGAGAGGGAGAAGAAGGCGGAGAAACUGAAGAAGGAUGAGAAGUUUUGGCGCGAGUGGUGGGAUAAGGAUAUGGAGAAGAAGCCGAAGAAGGAGUCUUGA